GUCGGCUUGUUCAUAGGUCUUAGGUCUGGUAUUUCUAUUUUCCUCCGACACCUUAUUUAAUAAUCAAUCAUGAAGCUGUCCACCGUCACUACCGGUGUUAUCGGCCUUGCCGGGUCUGUCAUCGCCCAGACGGACUCGACUCCAUUCGUCGACGCUGAUACUGGGAUUACAUUCCAGUCCUAUACCAGCACGGACGGAAUCACCUAUCGAUUGGCCCUUCCGGCAGAGGCAAGCGGCGAUGCUGGCUACGACGUAAUCCUUCAAAUUGUAGCACCGACCGAGUUGGGCUGGGCUGGAUGGGCUUGGGGAGGCGCGAUGACGUACAACCCUCUCACUGUUGUGUGGAAGGACGGCGACUCGGUCCAGUUUUCUUCGCGCCAGGCCACCGGAUACUAUGUUCCUGCGACGUAUGACGACGCCAAGUACACGGUCCUCAAAGGCACUGGCGUCAACGAAACGCAUUUCAAGUUCACGGCUCUUUGCACGGGUUGCGCCAGCUGGACGGACUUUGACGGAAAUCCAUACAUCCUCAACGGCGCGGGGGACACUAACUUCGCGUACGCCUUCUCAAACACGCCGGUAGAAGAGCCGGCGAACCCGGAGUCCGGCUUCAGCAUCCACGAUAACGUCGGACGAUGGAUUCAUGACUUGGCCGGAGCGAGGUCUGAUCAAUUCGAGGAGUGGGUGACGACUAACACCCCAGCGUAGGUGACGAUAGUCUAAUGGGUAUUGCAAAAACUUGGACUUAUAAUCAGAGCAGUACAGAGUUAUAAUAUUCGAGGCAUUCGUUCGUUAUCACGGCGUGGCUGAGACAGGCGACCAUGCUUAAUUGUUACCUAGGUAGAGGAAAACGAGUAGAAGAAAAUGUGUACCUGUAUAUAAUCGAUGAGUAGAGGCAGAGAUAAGAAUACAUGCGUGACAUGGUGAUAACAUCAAAUAGAUGGUAUGGGAAGGGAAGAAGGGAUAGGCGGGUAUAUAAAUAAUAUAAUAGGGGUACUUCACAUUAGAGAUAUUAUUUAGUAUUCGCGGACAUCCGAUGAUGGAUUAAUAAGUAGCGGGGCAUGUAUGUAUUUAGGCGUGAGAGAGUAGUACCACUAUAUACAAAAAUGUGGGGUAGCUCAGUACUUAG